AUUACCACUCCAUUUAAAAGAAAAACACAAAUAAAUGUCAAAAUGUUAAAUAUGGCUGCUGUGUAUUCGUCAUGUUUUGUGUCGUAUUUUACAUGAAUUUUAUAAAUAUAUGGCAAAAUGAUAACGAUUAAUAAUUAAAGUGAGACAAUACUAACGCUGCUGCAUCCUAUAAAAAUAUUGGAAUAACGCUCAAGUGUCAGAAAUCAUCAUGUCUUCAGACAAGGCUACUGAAAUAAAAGGCAACGAGAUCGAUAAAAGCAAACGUCGUCAUAAAACUGACGACACUGUUAUUGCGACAGCGGCAACAAACAGUGUUGAAGAUACAAUGCAAUUUGCGAAGAUGGAGUGCGCGGAUGAAAGCGCGGGCAAGCCCACGGAGCUGUGUCUUCAAGGCAACACUCACUUGAUUUCUAGCACAACGAGUAGUUUGGCCGAUACGCCCGGUGAUUCUGGUGUUUUGUGUUUAGAUAGUGAGGCCUCGGAGGCCACCAGCCAAGCGCUCAUGUCGCACAGUCUCAUAGGAGCCGAGGAAUUAGCGUGUGACAGUGUUUACGACGCACCACCGUCCUGUUCUCAGGACAUGAUCAAGAGUACCACCAGUAGCAUCAUGACGCGCAGUGAUAUCGACAAUCAGAACAUUGGAGUGCCUGAUGAUAUUGUGCCAGAAUUGAUUAUAGAGUCACAUAAGAAACCAACUUAUGAGAACUUGCCAGAUUUAGUAUUAAAAGCUUUAGAAAGUGAGAAGGGUACUGAAGAAUCUCGAAAGCCUGCACUGAGGAGUGAACCUAAGAAGUCAUUAUCUGAAGACAUUGUGUACAGGAGAAGAUGUCGGAAGAAGUCACAAAGUGGACCAAGUUCACAGAAGAAAAGGGUGUCAUUCCAUGAAGAUAUAUUGAACAAUACAAAAACAGACAAUAUUCACAUUGAAAGAGGUUUCAUAUCAUAUGGGCCAGACAGUUCAUAUUGUGAUAGAUUCAGACAAAAGAAUAACAUUGUAACAGAUAGGUUUUCAUGGUGUGCUUCAGGUGACAGAACACCAAAGUAUGCAGCCGAUGUUGCUCAACAGACCAUGUCAGAUAUACUCACUUAUGGUGAUUCUAAAAAUGACAGGAGUGGUAUAUUUGAGUACUGUCAGAAUUAUGAACAGGAACAAGAAAACCAGGACAAUAAUAAUGACAAAGAUAACAAUAAUGAGCCCAGGCCUACUGGGAAACUAUAUGGAUGUGACUCAAACAGCUCAGAUUCUAACUUUAGCUGUGACUCUGAAACUUCUUCCAGUGAUUCAUCCUCAUCACAUUCAAAUAAAACUGAAACAUCAAUGCUGCACAGAAAAUGUGACAAAGCACAGAAGUCCUACUCCUGUGAUGCAUUUGAAAACAAUGGUCAUGUUGCAUUUAUGAGGAAAACAUAUUUUUCUGAAGCUGACAUUGAUAAAUCCACUGACAGGAUGAAAAUGCCCCUUGAAGUUUCACACAGUCCAAAUACAGUAAAAUCUGUACUGAAGAAAAAACGCUACAUUACUACAAGUAUUGUUGAGGAAAGAAAAUCACAUAACAAAGUAUUAAAUCUAUUAGAUGCUAAUAACAUCAUAGAUUCUUUAAAGAAUUUUUACAAAAACUUUAACUUCAAUUUUGCUCCAGAAAAAGGUUUGCCUGAAAACAGUUUGGAAUUAAACAAUGUUGUGGAAGCUUUGCCUUGUGAUGUGAAUCAUAACAAGAACCUCUCCAAAAGCUUAGAUUCAGGUUUUCAGGCUGAGGAUGAAGAUGAUUUUGUUGAAAUCAACCUCAAUGGCCAACCAUUAGCUGCUGAGAAACCAAAGGAGAAAACAACACCAUCCAAAACUGCAGUAGCUGGUGACAGAACUCCUAAUGAAGGCUCCCCAAGGCAUAAACUCACACUCAACAUGAAGGCACAACUUGAUAAGAAACCAAACAAAGCUGAUCUCCCACCUCUAAGCAAAUAUGUUGUGAACUGUGAAAGCACUGUGUAUGAACACAAAGGAGUCUCCUACAGCUACGUCCAUGAUACAUUCCAAACUGCUUUUGAUGCACCCAAAGAGACAUUUGUCCCCAUACCUGAAACCACACCAGUGAAAGAGCUAGUGAGUAGCACAAGUAAAGUUGACCUCAACAAGUCCACCGAUACUGACUCUUCUAGUAAGACAUCAACCCCCAAGAGACAAUUCAACAAAAAUAUCCAAGACGAGACUGAGCAAAAAAAUGGCAUUUCUAAGCAUUUGUCCUCCCCCAAGAAGCAGAAUGUAAACAGAUACAGUCGGAAAUCCGCUUCCACCGUGCAGAAAGUGAAUGACGAGCCGGCGCAAGUGAACAGCGACAACUGCUCAAACACCGACAACUCGACCUUGAAGGGGGCCGAAGACUUUAACGACGACUUUUUCGACAGUCCCGGCAACCAAAAGCUACAAUCCAACAAGUCGGCGCUAUUGAACCGAUACCUGAAGAAUGUGUGUCAAAGGAAAGACCUUGAACUCAAAAUAAAGAACAAUAAGUUCUUUCAAUUUAAACUUCGAAUGGAGAAACACUUUCCGAGCAUAAUACUCCCAUUGAAGGAGGUGUCUGAUACAUUCCACGUGUCGGCUGAUCGGAUGUCGAGGCUCAUAGACAAAGAGGUGAUAGAGAACAAAAGGCUCUCUGUGCGGCUGCUGACGGCUGACGAGCCGUCCUACUUCGAUAGUUUCGAAGAUAACGUGGCCAUUGAGUGUAAUGAAAAGCUCCGACUACAAAUAUUUUCGUACCCAAACGAAACUUUAAAUAGGAUGAUGAAAGUGAAGUCUCCCUAUAGUAUGGAGGAUGGGUCGUGGACGCCUCUGCUGGUGUUCAUCACUGACUACGCUCUGUAUGUGGCGAGCGUGAAGCCUGGGGGAACAGAGUAUGACAUGCUGUGCCGGCUGCCGCAUAACGAACUUGACGCUAUCGUGGUUGGCCCAGAAGCUCAGUACAUCCAAAUCCUGGACAUCGCAGGGAACAUAGCCUGUUCCAUUAUAACGGGGGAAGCAUCAUUAGGUGCUCGAUUCGCGUCCUCUCUCGAAUGGAGCGCUAGGACUUCGCCGCUGAGGAUCCAACGGCCUCCGGCUAUGAUACCGCUGGGCUGCAGAGAGCUGGCUGCCGCGGUCGCUAGGAAGAGGCAUGAGAAACGGAUACCACAGAUCCUAUUCUACGGGCGCGUAUGUUCGGGCGACGCGGGCGACAGACUCAUAGAGGCUCCCGGCGCCUUCGCCCCGCCGCUUGAAGGGUACCUCAUGUGUAGGACUGAACGGAGUCGCCGGUUUGAGCCCUGCUAUUUUCUGCUUAGGGCCGGCGUCCUACACUGGGGCCCACACUCUCCGGACGGGACCCCGCUACCCAACAACAUUGCGCUCCGCUCAGUGCUCGGUGUCCGUCGGCACGUAGACUCGUCGCGGCGGCCGCAUUGCUUCGAGAUCGCGUUGGCUGAUAACACGCGUCUAUUGUUGGCGGCCCCUGAUGACGCUACUGCGUCUUCGUGGCUGCAGAGUCUCCUGUUACAUGCUGCUCAGGCUCUGGAAGAAAAGGACGGCGCUAAGAAGUGCAGCGAGCGAUCAGGGCCUCCCCCCGCCUGCACGGUGCUGGUGACGCCGCACGAGGUCAUCAGCGUGCGAGACACGUUGGACCUCGCGUUCGUGACCGGCGCCGCGGCCUAUCUGAAGGACAGGGGGUCUGAUGCGCUGCUUAAAGAAUACAUAGAAGAGAUGAGGACGGACAUUGAGAUCCUCGCGUGCGGCUCCAUCAAGAACUUGACUGCCUUCAAAAUACCUGACACUGACGAGAAUUGGUGCUGUUUGGAGUGGAGCGUGUGCGAGGCGCGUGAGCGCGGCGCGGGGCUGGCGCUGGUGCUGGCCAGCAGCGCUGAGCUCGAGCGGUUCAUCGCCGCGCUCGAGCAGGCCUUCUGCGCGCUCACUUGCGAACCAUUCCCGCUAAGCGUGGUAGAGGCCACGAAAUCCGCGUGCAGUUCCGCACACACAAAAUACGAGGCCGCCUGGGCACACAUGCUGCCGCAGCAAUAACUGGACACACACGUAAGCUACAACACUAGUAGUAACAUUCCCGCACUAGGGACUAGGGAUGUACGAAAAGUUAUCAAUAAAAAAAUGUACUUGCUAAGUGGAGUUUGUACUUAUUUUGUAUAUUGGGGUCAUUAUGGGGAAGAGUAUUGCUUUAAAAAUGGUUUAAUGAUUGUGUAAAUGUAUUAGGAUUUCGUUAUUUUUAGUUCCUAGUACAGAUGUUACGACUGGGCUGUAGUUAGGACAGUUAGAAAUAUCGAUAAAUAGGAAAUGUGAAUUUUUGUUGUAAUUUUAAGCGCUUUUUCGUCUUGUUCUACUCAACAUAGAGGACCUAGUGAUUUAGUGUGAGUAACAUAAUAUAUUAUCUAACGACUAUCGGGUUUAACGACACCGUAUUUCUCUUAUCGUGUGGAUUCUGAGUUUUAACUACUUUAUCAAUAUCCGUAAUACAUAUAUUUUCUCAAAGUAACACUAUUUAACUAUUAAAAAAAUAUAAUAUUAAUCUCAUGCUUUAGGGGUCUGAGUAUUACUCUAUAUACAUUCAUAUAGUGUAUUUUGAAAGCUCGGAGUUGUACGGUGUUGGUAAAACAUCGAUAGAAAAAUCACAAAUACUCAGUUUUAGCUUAAUAACAAUAUAUUUCCUCUGUGAGACAGACAGAAAGCGUCUUGCGAGCACAAUUUAGUUAAAACUGUAUAAUAUAAUUAUGCUUCUACGUUGAAACUAUCGCUCGUGUAUAGCUAAAUACACUGAUAUUUGAAGCAAACAUCGAUAAAAAUAUUUGAAAAAUAAAAGCCAUAUUUUAAAUUAAAAAAAUACAUUCCAAAUAUUCUUGCAUCUAUGGCUAACCAAAGACAAAUUAAAGAGGUUGUAACGUCGAAGUUUGCUUCAAGUCUCAGUUACUAAUAAGUAUUAUUUAUCGUUAUUGUUUAAUCUAUGGUACUUAUGUAUAUUUAUGGUAAUAUAUUAUUAUUGAUAUAUCGAUUCCAAUUAAUAUACUGCUAUUACGUAGUAAAAUGUCUCACUUCUAUAUCUAUAGGUCACAAUACUCCACUAUGAUAUUUAUGCCUUGUUGUAUUGGUGCUAAAAACAAGGAUUCGAUAAAAAAAGAACAUCAAAAAUGCAAGUACAGUCGGGUAAAAAAAGCAGUAAUUAUUCAAGCUUUUAUUAAGAAAAAUUAAAUACUCUUAGAAUACAAGGUUUUCGCAACGUAGUCUGUUUUGUUAAAUAUCUCAUCUAUGAAUCAUAACAAGUUUUUAGAUUUUCUCACUUGAUUGUACUUGCAUUAUUUUUAGCGCCAAUAUAGAGAAACACGACAAAAUUAAUAAUAUCCUAUAUCAAAUCGAAUAUUAAUCAUUAUUGAAUAAAUUAUAAUCAAUAUCUAUGAAUUGAAUUGGCCAGAAAUGUUUAAGCGCUGAUACUUUGAGAAUUGUAAAAAGUUAUAUAAUGUAUGUAUCCUUCAGUCAUAUUUUCUGAAUUUAUCUAUUUUAUGUAUUCCAUGUAAAAUUGUUUAGUAGAAGCAUUAAAAUGCAAGGUUUUAGUGUCGUCUCCGAACAAAUGCUUUAAGUAUUACAAAGGGAACACAAGAGGGAAGAAAGCUUUGUCUGAGUGUACUGUGAAUUCGCGCUAUUCUGAAACUUGGUCCGCGAGAAUAUACCCUAAUCGAUAAUCGACUCGGUAAUCGAUAAGGGAUAUCGAUUUACAAGUUUACAGAAUAAGUAUGCUUCGUGUGACGGCUUAGUAGAUUUUGUAUGUGGAAAAACUAUGUAGUUCUUUUUACAAACAAACCUUUUGUAGCUUUAUUUUUUUUAAAGCUAAGUUUAAUGGUUUUGUUUUUAAAAUUGUGUUGUUUCGUUUCAAAAAAUAACGUUCCCGGGUUUGGAGGGAUGUGUUAAGCUUUAAUAUUUGUUUGAAAAAGGUCUCAAAAAGUUAUUUAUAUAAUGCUAUUAGAACAAUUUCCUAACGGUUGUCGCUCGUUACCAAAUAUAUCAAUCGUAUAUCAUUUCGUAUGUGUAUUAGGCCGCUGUAUGGCCGUGUGAUAUUAAUGUAUAUUUAGGGUAGGUAUUAGCGCAUCGUGGACUAUGACGUCACAAGGUUUUAUAUGUAAAACACAUUUUGCACCGAUUUUAAGAUUCUCAUUAGUUUAAUUUUUGUUAAAGAACUAAAUAUUCCUUAAAAGCAAUGAUGUCAGAUAACCAUUCCAAUUUUAAUAACUAAAUUUUGAUUUGUUUUUUUUUAAGUGUCCAUUUUCAGUGCAAAAUGUUGAUUUUACACAUAAAACUUUGUGACAUUGGGAAACAAUAAUAUAACAGCAAAUUUAAUAAAUUUCAUAAUAAUAUACGUUUUAUUAUGUAGUUAUCAGUCUGAGUAAUAAUAGCUAUGAAUAAUUAUUAUAUUCUUGUGCACUUUAUUUGUUUUGUAAGUAUUUGUUUAAAUAAUAUUUUAUUUCUGAUAAUGUCUUACAUUAAUUUGUUUAUUCGUAUCAAUAUAUAAAGAUUUUUCUGUAUAUUUGUUGUGUAUGUGAUUGCGCUUAUACUAAAGGCUAUUUUUACUUGGAAUUCGUUUUGUAAUUAUUAUUUUAAUAUGUUCCAAGUUUAAAACUUAUUCUCCACUUUUUCGAAAAUGGAAGCUUUUUUUUCUUUUAUGCUUUUAUUUUCUUAACUUGUCUAUGGUCUAUCUGUAACAAACCUUCUUGGUUAUUAAUUCGUAUUUUUUGUAAAAAUAGCCUUGACUCUAUUUGCUACGUAACUGUGAUUUGUGUUGUUUACCAUUAAGUUUGUUGUUUAUGCAUAAUAUUAGAUCAAUGUUUUUAGCUUUUAGUAUUAGAUAAUUAUUUCGAUAUUAUUGAAUAUACGUGAAUUAAUCAAUAGAACUUAUUCGAAGACUAUUGUAAUGAAUAGGAUUUAUAAUAAUGAAAAUACACAUUCUUACAAUUUUGUGAAAAAUACUUUUGUUAAUUUACUGUUAUUGUCUUGUUGAAAAUAUUGAAAUAUUUUUUCUAUGUAAAAAAUAUUUAGGUUUUCAAACAAUUGUAUCAAAAAAUCUUUUUUCUUUUUUUACUGAUUUAACAGAAAUUGUUUGUACGAAUUGGCUAUGAUGAUUAUUACUAUUGGUUAUUUAUUUUGUAAAAUUAUUUUUUUAAUAAAAACACGACUGUAUCUUCCGUUCUAUUGUAAAGUUUCUGAACUAUAGGCGAUAUUAUUUGCCUUUGGUGUACCUGGCUUUAAUCCCGUGACCCUAGGUCUCAUUGGUCCCAGGCCAUGAUAUUGCUCUUGAAAAUACUCUUGCUGCUUUUUAUCGAAAACACCAAUCAAGAAACAAAAAACAAUUACGAAAUAGGAAUGCUGCUAUUUCUUCGAUAUAAGUCAGUCUCUCUUGCAAUUAAAAGUAAGCCAAUUUUAACUUCUUAUAAUCCGAAGAUGGGUGACCAAGGCAAAUAAUAUUGCUCCAAAGUUCCCGGUAGCUACACUAAGUAUUAUUAAGAACAAUAAUAAUGUUAACGCUGUAAUGUAGAAGCUAUUUUAUCGUUAAUAAAAGUAAUUUGUUUGAAAUACCUUCCAUUGUAAUAGGCGAGUGUCUCUUCACAUAACUAUUUGCCAAUCUUGCCAGGACUUAUAAAAAAUAUAAUGUUGCCCUCUUUUGAGACUAUAUCUCACGCUCGAUAAAUAAGUAUCUGACAAUUAAAAAAUAUAUUUUUGAGUAUCGCUAAGAAAUGACAUGGUUAUACAUACAGUGCCAUUCUUGUUUAAUAUACAUAUUUUUUUCCAUUAUUCUUGUUUGAAAUAGAAAAAAAAUGCUGAAAUACAGAUCAAAAUGUUUAUUUAAAUUUUAAUAUGUAUAUGGAAAAGUAUAUAGUGGCUAUGUAUAUGUAUAAGGGCAGUUUGUUCCAAAGAUAUUACUUUGUAUAGAUUUCGUUGAAGAGGCACAUCGCGACAUAACCAUUGUAGUAUAUCAGCAUUGUAAUGUCCUAAACUCAGUAAUAGGCAAUUCGAAUUUAAUAUCGCUUGACAUUAUUGUUCAUAUAAACAAUAUUAUAAUAAAUAUUUGCGGAAGUA